UUAGAUUACUUUUUCGUAGAACUUGGGCGGUUAGCUUACUACCAUCUUCCCACACCAAUAUUGCUACUAAUGGAAAUUUCUUCAUCCUUCAUUAUCUCCCUUCAUCUUCAACCUUUCACUCCCAAUUCUCUCGCCCCGGCCACCGCUAUUUGUAAUUCAGGCCACCGACUUUCCCGAAUCAAAUCCACCACAGAUACACCGCCGUCAAAAAUCAAAAUAGUUUCCAAAUUUCGGAACCGAAAACGCCCAACUUUUGCCGAGAAAGAUGCUUUUCCUUCAUCUUUACCACUUCACACCAAGAACCCUCAUGCCAUUUACGAGGACGUUCAAAGAUUUGCACGGCAAAAUAAGCUCAAAGAGGCACUUACGAUUAUGGACUAUGUGGAUCAACAAGGCAUUCCAGUUAAUGCCACUACAUUUUCUUCUCUUAUUACGGCUUGUGUUAGAACAAAAUCGAUGACUUAUGCGAAACAGAUUCACGCGCAUAUUCGGAUAAAUGGGCUUGAAAACAAUGAAUUUAUACGUACAAGGCUUGUGCAUAUGUAUACUGCUUGUGGGUCCUUGGAAGAGGCACAGAAGCUGUUUGAUGAAAGUUCUAGCAAGAGUGUUUAUCCUUGGAAUGCGUUGCUUAGAGGCACUGUAAUGGCGGGUCGGAGGGAUUAUCGCAGCAUUCUAUCGACUUAUGCAGAAAUGCGAAGAUUGGGAGUUGAAUUGAACGUUUACUCCUUUGCUAAUAUCAUUAAAAGCUUUGCAGGUGCAUCGGCGUUUACUCAGGGGCUCAAGGCUCAUGGCCUUUUGAUUAAAAAUGGAUUGAUUGGCAGUUCACUUCUUGGGACAACUUUGGUUGAUAUGUACUUCAAAUGUGGUAAGAUCAAACUUGCCCGCCAGAUGUUUGGGGAAAUUACCGAGAGAGAUGUUGUGGUUUGGGGAUCAAUAAUUGCUGGGUUUGCUCACAAUCGACUCCAAAGGGAAGCUUUGGAAUAUACAAGGAGGAUGAUAGACGAUGGAAUUAGACCAAAUUCGGUUAUAUUGACGACCAUUCUUCCAGUUAUUGGAGAAAUCUGGGCGAGGAGAUUAGGUCAGGAAGUUCAUGCUUAUGUUAUAAAGACGAAAAGUUACUCGAAGCAGAUAUUUAUUCAGUCUGCUUUGAUUGAUAUGUACUGCAAGUGUGGGGACAUCGGUUCAGGUAGAGCCGUUUUUUAUGCAUCCAUGGAGAGGAAUGCUAUAUGCUGGACUGCUUUGAUGUCUGGUUAUGCUUUAAAUGGUAGGCUAGAACAGGCUGUAAGAUCAGUUAUUUGGAUGCAGCAGGAAGGAUUUAGACCGGAUAUCGUAACUGUUGCAACGAUUCUUCCAGUUUGUGCUCAAUUGAGAGCUCUGAGACCCGGAAAAGAGAUUCAUGCUUACGCUAUGAAGAAUUGCUUCCUACCGAAUGUAUCUAUCGUUUCAUCUUUGAUGGUUAUGUACUCAAAAUGUGGAGUAAUGGACUAUACUCUAAAGCUUUUCAACGGCAUGGAGCAAAGAAAUGUGAUCUUAUGGACAGCAAUGAUUGAUUCGUACAUAGAGAAUCAAUGUCCACACGAAGCAAUUGAUAUAUUCAGAGCGAUGCAGCUUUCAAAGCAUCGACCAGAUACCGUUACCAUGUCUAGAAUUCUCUAUAUAUGCAGUGAACAAAAAAUGCUGAAGAUGGGUAAGGAGAUACAUGGACAAGUCUUGAAGAGGAAAUUUGAGCCGGUCCAUUUCGUUUCUGCCGAGCUAGUGAAACUAUAUGGGAAGUGUGGAGCAGUAAAAAUGGCAAAAAUGGUUUUUGAGGCAAUCCCUGUGAAAGGGCCAAUGACAUGGACUGCCAUCAUUGAAGCUUACGGAGAAAGUGGAGAGUUUCAGGAAGCAAUCGAUCUGUUUGACCGAAUGAGAUCACGUGGUAUCUCUCCAAACCAUUUCACUUUCAAAGUGGUUCUAUCUAUUUGCAAGGAAGCUGGUUUUGUUGAUGAAGCACUGCGCAUCUUUAAGCUAAUGUCUGUUAGGUAUAAGAUUAAGCCAUCUGAAGAACAUUACUCUUUAGUCAUUGCGAUUCUUACUCGGUUUGGUCGACUCGAGGAGGCUAGAAGGUAUGUACAAAUGCUUUCUUCAUUGUCAUAAGUUUUGUUUUGUGUUUUUGUCCAUAACUGAGCUGAGCUCUUGAUUGAUUAUUUGAAUCCAACAAAAUACAAAUGUACACACAUAUUACAUCUGAUAUGUAUGUAUUGUAUAUGCUGAUCUUUUUUGUUGUGUAUAUUUCUUUAGUUUGGGAUUGGGAGAACUGAAUGAUAAAUCUUCAAAGUUUGAUCAA